CUCACUCUCUGCCUCUCUGCGAGUGUGAGGCGGUCUCCCCCUCGCUCUCUCUCUCCCUCUCUCUCUCUCUCUCUUGGCUCUGGAGGGGGGGAUCAGGAUUUUCUCACCUCAGCUCCACACACCCCUCAGAGCCGCGGGCAGCAUCCACUCUCCAGGAGGACGCGGGGUUUGGAUUAUUACGCAGGAACUUUGAUUUGCGUCUCAACUCUCGCACGGAGCAGAAGAAGCAUGGAGCGCGCUGGGUGCAGUUUGAUGUAACCCUCCGAGGACGCCUGCUGAACCCCGGUUUCUCUCUCUCUCCUUCUCUAUCUCUCUCUCUCUCUCUGUCCGUCAUGGUGAACCGCUCCAUCCGGAUGAACUUGCAGUGGGGGUCCCCGGCACCUUGCGUCCGCGCCGUGCGGGUCGCGCACAAGCGCCUGGACUCGGACGACCAGCCGCCGGCCAAGUGCGCCCGGCUGAGCUCCGAGGCGGGCGACAGCAUUACGCACGGACUCCUCAGCCCCUCGCCCGGAUCCCCGACCACCCCGGUGCCCCACAGCCCCCCGGCCACCCACCAGGGACCCUCCCGGAUAGGACCGUUCCUGCUCCUGCCCCUGGCGGACCGGGAGAGCAUGCACAGCGCCAUGGACACCGACACGGGCGACGAGCUGCUGUGCAAGGUCUUUGAUAUGUGGGUGUACCAGGAAAAGAUCAGAGCCUACGGGAUACUACCCGCCCACAGGAAUGUGGUCGGCAUCAGGGACAUCAUCCUUGGCGAGUGCAAGGCCUACGUGUUCCUGGACAAAGACUUUGGGGACAUGCACACGUUGGUGAAGAGCUGUCGCCGGCUGGACGAGGAGCACGCCUGCAGGCUCUUCCGUCAGGUGGCCCGGGCCGUGGCGCACUGCCACCAGGCCGGGAUCGUGCUGGGGGACCUCAAGCUCCGCAAGUUUGUCUUCACCGACGAGAAAAGGACUCAGGUGAGACUCGAAAGCCUCGAGGACUGUCGCGUCCUGGAAGACCCGAACAACGACUCCAUGUCCGACACCCACGGCUGCCCCGCUUACGUCAGCCCGGAGAUCCUCAGCGGCUCAGCGCCUUACUCCGGCAAGAUGGCUGACAUGUGGAGCCUGGGGGUCAUGCUGUACACCAUGCUGGUUGGCCGCUACCCCUUCCACGACCCAGACCCGGCCACACUGUUUUCCAAAAUCCGCAGAGGCCAGUGCUGUUUGCCAGAGGGCUUGUCACCCAAGGCCAAAUGUCUGCUCCAGAGCCUUCUGAGGAAAGAACCCUGUGAGAGACUCACGGCAGCCGAGCUGCUCGCCCAUCCGUGGUUCCACCAGCCGCCUUCGUCGCAGGAAGGCGUCCUGGGUGAACAGGAAGUGAGCUCGGCGGAACAGAUGGUGCCGUCCUUUGACGUGGAAGAGGAGGAUGAUUUGUUCUGCUGACGGACUUGAUUCAGCAGAGUAUGGCUAAGGGACCAAAACAAAAUGAGGGAUUCAUCGUUGUUGUUUUUCUUUACAUUGGCACUUUUUAGAAAGUCAGUUGUCUACUGUUGUGUGUACAUACACCCUCAAACCUUCGACGAAAACUUACUGUACUGUAUUUUGUUGUCGUAUAUGUGUUACUUGCUAAGGGCAUUGCUCACAAUGAUUAUUCAUUGUGUUUCUAUGUGUUUUUUGAAAUUAUUUGGUGCUAAAAGAAAUAACAAGGACUCAAGCUUGCCAGAUUAUGUUAAGAAAAUAAUCUCUGUAGGCUACGAUGGGUGAAUCACAGAGAUGUGACUUGUGGAAAACAGUGGUCACCAACGCCUGGACUCAUUAGGCUCAAGAGAGCAGUAGAUUAAUCCUGAAGGGGAGGCGAGGGUAUCAGGAUGUUGCUCCUCUCACCCUCUGACCGGGCUGGAGGCGUCAGCGGCUGACUCACCGAGCGGCUCGAGGACGGCCUUCACACAAGCCUGAUGUCUCACAUCAGGCGGGGACAGAGAGUGAGAAAGAUGCUCAGCAGCGGGCUGAUGUGUCACACUCAGCGGGACGCCACGGCAGUGUAUCGCUGCCAAUCUGGCAACCUCUCGGCAAACGGAGAGCAUUUACAAAUCUCACACCAUGCACAGAAGGUUGAGAAAGGCAGGGUGUUACUGGUGCAAGACUCAUGAGAAAAGUGGGACGAGUUUGUCACACACACACGGACACACACUCAGAAAGUGUGACACUAGGCCAACAGUUACAACGAAAUCCUGAAGCUUUCAUUCGAAAGCAUGCUCCAUACCGAAUACUUCAUGUAAAAGUGUCGCUUAACAGGGUUGAACAUUAUAAAUGUCACUGUGUCUGCUCUGUGUGCAAUUAGACACAAACCUUAACACUAAUGCAUAAGGUUUAAAAAUAAAAGCUGAGAGCAAUUCUGGUAUAAAGACUCGGGUCAUCUUGCCUCAGCAGACGGCAUUUUACAGCAGGAUUUACACAGAGAAAGUGAAAAUACGGACAAUUGAAGAGGUAUUUCCCUCCGGUACAAUCUGCCUUUUCUCUACUUUAAAUAUCCAGUUAAAGAACAACCAAAUCAAACAUAUUACCCAAAAAAACGAAGCGAUUUGGACCAGUUCACCUCAUUUCUGUUGGAGCUUCAUUUCAAGCUGUGUUGCUUUAACAGGGCCGAGCUGUGCCGAGUGUUGUGCCUGUAUCACUGUGUUUCAUAAACUGAACGGCUCUGAAUCAGUCACAGUCAGGCCAUGUUUGAUGUUGGUUGUCUGAUGAUGACUCAACGCUCCGGCGUGUCUGCAGAGAAUGGUCCUGACCUUGGCAGGAAGAAUCUGUUCCGACUGUUUCACCUCUUUAAAUGGUACAUUUUCUUUCCCUUUCCUCUUUUUUUUUUUCAUUUCUGCCGUUGAAAGCUGUGGAUCCAUGGAGACUAGUCAUCCUAGUUAGUGACGUGAUGUACCACCUUCUAAAUGAUCUUUUAUCUUGGAUUGUGACGGACGGAGGCAGCGUUUCAGUGACGUUAAGCUUUACUGCAGGUCUGCAGCCAGCUAUUUCAAUCUGGUACAAUAAUUUUGACAAUGGUACUGAAUCUGGCAUAUCUGAGAAGCGCUGUGCAUUUGAUGUUGUGGUCAAGCAGUCGGCUAAUACCACGUUUCAAUAUUUUCUCUCAUCUGCCUGAGAUACCAGAUUAGAACGGACUUGUGACAAUUUGGGUUCUUCCUCGCAGGAAACGUAAUUUAUGAGGUUAAGGAUUUUCAUUAGUGAGUCACACGUUCAUGUGACGCGUAGAGUGAACGGACACGGGUGCACAAACUUCGUAUUGCACUGUGAAUUAUGUAUUUGUGACAGAACCUAUGGGCUUUUUAUUGGUCCAGACAGGCUACACACAAGAGUUAUAUUCAUUGUAUAAAAAGAUGUAAAUAUGUACUGUAUAUUUGAAACAUGUGUGGAAAAGUUGAAUAAAAAUCAGUUUUUCAUUUUCA